AUGGCCAAAAAUGCGAGCGUUCCGUAUAAACAAUUUGUAGAAUCAGGUAAUCAGCUUGUAGUGGAAGAUAAACACAAUGCCGUAGACAUAUAUUGUCCACAACCAUACUGCUGUUCUUUAAUAAUGCGUGCAAAGGCUGGACAGUUGGUUGAGCGACCUAAAUCAAAGCUAAACAUAGCCUCCAACGAUACAUCGGUGACAGAUGACACCAAUGCAGAGGUCGAGGCAAUGCAGCAAUACUGGCAUUUGUCAAUGAUGGCAUUUGAAACUAUUGCAUUUUCGAUACCGGUUGUAACUGGGUUGCAGUAUUUAUAUUGCACCGAAUGUGGUACUGGGCCUCUCGGAUAUCAAGAUUCCGCAGGAGAAGCAGAGUGUUUUAUUGCUGUAGAUCGGGUUGGAUACGCGACAGGCACAUGA